AACUAAUAUUUUUAGAAAAUCUUACUAUUCCUAAAAAUAUGCGAGUAACUUUAAAUGGAUUGGAGUUUUUAGUUAGAGAUUCAACUAUAAAUGAUAGAAGAGUAUUAAUGUUUAUAACUAUUGCUAAUAUAAUACAUUUAGCAUAA